AUAGAGCUUUAUAGGAAAGUACCUUGUAGAUUUGUGUAGCAGACACAAGCCACUCCACCUCCCCUAUCGCCUCCUUUCUCCCUCCCCUCCCUGCCUGCCUCUGAGUGAUUCUCACAUUGAGUAAAGUUCACCAGACACAGAGCAGGCAGUAGAGCUGGUAGCUCUCAGCACUCUCCCUCUUCCUCCCAUCUCUUCAUUUCAUUAUCUCCCGAGAGUUUCCCUGAAAAUACAUUGUCGAGGAAAGACCUGAUGACUGCAAGGGACUGCAUGACAAUUCGGAUGAUGUGGCAGAAAUAUGUAGCUCAGGAGGAGCCUUAGAGGGAUGUUGGACCCUUUUUUGGGUCAAGAACUGCCAAAGUUUUCUUUAUCCUCAUCAGGUAAUUCAUCAUGUUGUGCCCUGUAUUUUUUACCUGCCUGGACCCACCCAGACAGACGGGGUGUAAGGAAUCUGGAGGUGGAAACAGAGCUAAAACUUUAAGGUGGAAGGACCUCCGAGGUUUGGGGUGGUACUGAAGGAUAGCACCGACAUUUCGGCCACCGCAAUGAACUUUUCCCGAGAUUCCUUUACUCUCAAUGUCGGGGGUGCAAAGUAUUCCUUCUCUCAGGAGGUGAUUAAGGAUUUCCCUCUACGACGGGUGAGCAGGCUACACGACUGUUCUUCGGAGAAGGAUCUUCUGGAGGUGUGUGAUGACUACGACCAGGAGAGGAAUGAGUUUUUUUUCGACAGGCAUUCUGAAGCCUUUGGCUUUAUCAUGAUGUACGUCAAGUAUGGCAAACUGAGGUUCGUGCCCCAAAUGUGUGAGCUGUCUUUCUACAACGAGAUGAUCUACUGGGGCUUGGAGUGCUCCCAACUAGAGUACUGCUGCCAGAGGAGGCUUGAUGACCGCAUGUCAGACACUUACACCUACCUGUCCGACGAGAGCAAACCUGACGAGAGCACCGUGAAAGAGAACCUUCCGCCUCCUCCUGAGGAAAAGAAGUGGCUGGAGCGCAUGAGAAGGACUUUUGAGGAGCCCACCUCAUCCUUGGCAGCCCAGAUCUUGGCGGUGGUGUCCAUACUGUUUGUCAUUGUUUCCAUGGUGGUCCUCUGUGCCAGCACUUUGCCUGACUGGAAGACAGCAGAGAAUAGGAGCUCGGAGGAGCACAGGUAUACAGCAAGUCUGUGGGAACCUUCGGGGAUAAUUGAAGCUAUCUGCAUUGGCUGGUUCACGGCAGAGUGCAUCGUCAGGUUCAUUGUCUCGAAGAAUAAAUGUGACUUUGUCAGAAAGCCCUUGAACAUCAUUGACUUGCUGGCCAUCUCUCCUUAUUAUGUGUCCAUCUUCAUGGCAGUUUUCACUGACGAAAACCUGCAACUGCAAAGGGCUGGGGUAACCCUGAGGGUCCUGAGGAUGAUGAGAAUAUUUUGGGUUAUAAAACUCGCCAGACACUUCCUAGGCCUCCAGACGCUAGGCCUCACUCUGAAACGCUGCUAUCGGGAGAUGGUCAUGCUGUUGGUGUUUAUUUGCGUUGCAAUGUCAAUAUUUGGCGCACUUGCUCAGCUCUUGGAGCAUGGCCUGGACCUUGAAACAAAAAACGAGGAUUAUGCCAGCAUACCAGCAGCCUGCUGGUGGGUGAUCAUUUCCAUGACCACGGUGGGCUAUGGGGACAUGUACCCGAUAUCUGUCCCUGGCAGGAUACUCGGUGGAAUUUGUGUUGUCAGCGGGAUUGUUCUUCUGGCCUUGCCUAUAACAUUCAUAUACCACAGUUUUGUACAGUGUUAUCACGAACUGAAAUUUAAAUCUGCCAGGUAUGGCAGGACUUUAUCGAAUGAAUACUUAAGUCAAUAGGAUCAAAAGCUUUGUUAUAUAUUUAUUUUAUUACGCAAUGGUAGCCAUUUCUACUUAAAUUUCAGUAUCUAACAGGCAGCACAAGUAAGGAAGCACAGUGUCAUCCGUCUCAUCCCUGGUAUAAACCAACAUUGGUUUAAUUGGUUUUAAAGCUCCAAGGGGAAGAGGAAUUACAGCUCCAGGUGGGUGUCUGGAAAUGAAGCUCCCCCUCAAGAUGGAAACAACAGGUGCAGGCUAGGCAUAUAGCAAUUAGGUAAGGAAAAGUUCUGGACAGCCACACUCAAAAUUAAUGCCUUUAUUGUAGAAAAGAUGAUAAUCUAAAAAUACAAGCCACAGCAAACAGCGGAACACAGGAGCUGACGCGUU